UACAAUUCAACAAAAACAAAAUAAAAUUUUAACAAAAAACAAAUCUUUAGCCUUAAACUUUUACUCUUAAAAUGCUUUCAGCGUCUCGGUCUUCGUCGUUGUUAAGAGCAUUUUCCUCAGCCAAAAACUCUGCCAAAGAAAAUGAGAAAAACAGAAAAAUCUGUGUAUUUGAAAAACAAAGAAAAAACAUCUUUUGUAUACGAAAAAGUUAGCCCAGAUAUCCAUCAAUGAUUCGAAUUAGUUUAGUCGCGAAAUUAAAAACAAUUGAGAAGACAUAACUUUGAAAUCCUCUUUCAGGGUUUCGAAAACGCGAGUUUGUUUUGUGUAUUGUGUGUCCUUGUGACUAAUUAUUUUAUUGAUACAAUAUAGGUCAAUUUUUGGGAAUGCCCACGCCUGAGGCGAAUGAGUCCACGUCCACGUCGACGUCGCCGCCGCCGUAUUCGUUGGUGGCGCUUAGAAACACCAACAUCACCGAACUGGCCGCAGAGGAAGCGGACUCUUUCAAGGCGAACGUAGCUAUUAUGACGCAAGAUCAAUGCUUGGAUAAUGGCCAUCAUCAGGCCAACAGUAAUAUACGUUCUACAAGUGACAAAGUUAGUGACGAUCUAAAUAAUUCUAAAAAUAGUGUUGUUAGUAAUGGCGUAAACAUCAGUGUGCAAGAAUUCAAUGUCGAUGUUAAUCGCGAAUACAGCACGGAUUUGGUGAUCGUGCAAAAUCGCACCGUAGACACCGAUAGCUCGCCAACGGGAGAGGUUUUACCGUCGACGAGUAACCCAACAACGGAAACGCCAAUAAGUGAUUGUGUGAAUUCGAAAGAUAUUUCAGAAAUUUCAGUCGAUAAUAUUGAUGCAAAUAAAAGUGAACUCGCAGGAAAAAAUAUCGUUGCAGAUAUGACGGUGAUAACGCAUCAAAAUAGUAGCGAAAAUAUGCGCGAUAUAAUUGCAAAUUCGGAUAAGGCAAACAAAAAUAAUAAUUCAAAUGAAUCGCAACUUAAUAGAGUGGAAAAAUAUGAAAAAAAUGGCAAAAGUGAUAUAAAUUCAAGGAAUGCAAAUAAAACGGCAGGAACACGAAGAGUUCGAAAAUUGAUUAGAUCAGAAAACGUAAAUGAGUGCGAACUUGAACAAAUUGAAGAUCCAAUCGAACGUUUGAAUAAAUUACGCGCGAGCAUAACAAGCGCUCUUAGUGAAGUUAAGGGUGUAUUGAAACAAUACAGCACGGAACAAAGUUUGGACGAACAAAAUGAAUCUGCUCCAUCUAAGCAACCCCCCGAUGAUGGCCCAGUGAGAUUUCGGUUUGUUCGCAAAAUCCGUCGGAGAAGCGUAUUCAGUGAAGAUGACGAAACGGAAAUACCAAAAACAACUAUUGACGUGACUGCUUUACCAAUUAUUGAAAAUAAAGUCAUUGAAGAACUCCCGAAUGUGUCUCAAGAAAGUCAAAUAUCUUUAUCAAACCAGGAUUUGACCAAUAAAAAUAACGGCCCCGCCGUUUCUUCCAACUUUGAAGAUAUUCAAAAACCAAUUGAAACAAAUACCAGCAAAAGUAACAUAAAUCUACUUCAAAAAUCUGAAAUUGAGAGCAUUGCUGAUACUAAAGUUCCCAAAGAUGAAAGUGGUGCUAUGGAGAGUGAAAAUCUAAAGACAACCAAAGAGGACUCAUCAAUUAACAAAAUUGAAGUCUCCGCGGCCGUCAUUGCCACCGCUUCCGAAGUUCCAAAAACAAAAAAUUUAAAAACCAAAAAAAUUCUAAAAAAAGACAGACGAGCUUCAAUCGCAGCUGUAGAAAUAAGUCAGUUAUCAAGUGAUCAACCACCGGUACCGAUAGAAUUAAAAACGCAACGCCGACCUUCAGAUUCUGGCACUUUAGUAAAACAAACAACUCGCACCAAGGCAAAAACGGGAACGGAAAAAACGAAGAUUGUUUCGAGUCGCAAGGCUAAAACUAGUCCUUCCUCAAAAACAAGUGGUAGUUCUACGACGAAUCCAAGCCAAACAGUGACGACUGAUGAAAAGGCCAGUACAACUUUGAGUACGACCGAAGAUAAACAUUCUUCAUCGACAGUUGAUGCUGCACAAAUAUUAGAACCGAAUGCCAUUGUAACUGAGGAUUCACUGAAACAAACUAAACCUCCAAUUUCUGACGCGUCGACUCAAAAAACACCUCCAGCGAAUGCAGAAUCUAUGACAAUUAAAAAAGAGAGUGUGGCAGCAGAAAUCAACUCAUCCAGAACUUCACCUGUUAUAACUGAAGUAAAUUUACCACAAGGAACUACCCUCUCUACAAUAAAACCGUCAGGACAAACCACACCAGUGCCAGCAGUUUCUGUCACGGGCAAUGCUGACGUACCACAAAUUGCACCUAAAGGAACUGCAAUCAAUACACCUGCUGAAAGUACUGAUGAUAAGUUAAGCAAACCUGAACAAACCUCAACCACACCAAUAAGUUCUUCAGUGAAUAGUGAAACCACUGAGACUCCAACAAAAAUAACUGAUGCAAGUAAAUCUGAAGUCGCCUUAGCACCGGAAGAAGUUAGCACCAAGGUGACUUCUCAGAAACCUAGCGUAGUUGCAGCACCUACUCAUUUGCAACAAGUUCUAAAAUCCAGUGCGGAAGACCCCACAAAAGUUGCAAUUCCAAAUCAAGACACUUUAAAAUCUAAGCAAUUACUUCAGACUUCUAAAACUACAACAGCUACCACUACAUCGUCCCUAGCAAAAGUUGAAUCGUCCAAAAGCACAUCCGGCCCAACGGUAGUUCCAGAAGUAAAAACCAUUCAAACCAACAAACAACCCAAGAUGAGUACUGAAGUUAAACAGAUCGAAGUUUCUAAGGCUGCCUCUACCACCGUCAAGGAAUCAAAGACUAUGCCAACUCUUGGCAAAGUAGAAGCAAAUAAAAAUUCAAAGGAAACCGAAGAGAAAGACAAGCAGAUGCCAACGUCUGGAACACUCAAAAAACCUACAGAGCCAUCAACUCAGAUAGACAAAAAGACUUCUGACAUAAAUGAGACUAAUUCCGAUGAAACAUCUAACACCGAAACGGAUGUACCAUUGCCUCAGCAUGUCCCCAAAGAUGCUGUUGCUGUUAAACUUAAUUUACCUGGUCAAGAAAGUGUCGAAGAACUACAUAGAUUAGAAGAACAACAAGACCACAAAGAAACCACCCCACCUGAAACACCCGACACAGCAACCGCAACAGCAACAGAAGCAGCUGCUGCUGCCCCUAAGAAAAAACGAAAAGCCAAGCGUAAAGUUGUUAUUCGGCGUAUAAAAAGAAAACUUUCCAAAGACGACACCUUCCUCCAUCAAAAAGAAACACCAGCGGAAUUGGAAAUUUGCGAAAAAGAAAUCGAGGAAAAGGAUCUUGACGAAGAACCAGAAGAACCAAUACCAGAUGGUCCAAAACAACCCAAGUCAUGUCUUAAAAAUCGACAAUUCGAAAUUGGUGAUGUGGUCAUGUAUGCCGAACAUUAUAAAAAGACACAAGUUAGAUGGAAAAAAGCAGUAGUCACGGAAAGGAUAACCAGCAUAUCGUAUAAAUUAAAUAUAGAAGGUGAAGAAAGGCCAGCCCACAUAAGUUAUAUCAAAAAGUUCACAGACAGAAAAGUGAAUUUUGGUGGAAAAGAGUACCUGGAAAUCGAUUAUGCACAAAUUGAAGAGAAUGAAGAGAAGGAACGUAACUAUAGUAUAUGGAAUUUAGUUUGAUAAGAUUGACAAAAGGAGGUAAACCACAUGUUAUUAGAAACUAAGUACGGUUAAGUUUAUUCCUCUGUACAACAUCCGUUUCCGAAAUGGAUAUGUUGACUUAUUCAAUUAAUAUUCGGCAUAACUUAUGUAUAUUUAAAAAAGGAAAUAUUAUACGUUUAUCUUAGAUGUAGGUUUUUAAAAUCAGACAAAUAAAUUCUUAAUCAUGUUAAUUUUAAUGAAAGAACUUAUAAGGGAUACAACUAUUAACUAGAGUGGGAAAAUAUUCAUAAUUUUAAAAACAAAUAAAUAAAUGAUAAAAACGGCUAAAAAAUAGAAAAAAAACUCACACUAUUUAUACAAAUUAUAUAAAUACAGGCACACACACAUUCGAACAUUACACUCUCGUUUGAUAAUCAUUCACAUCAAUCGUUGUGGGUGGGCAUAACAAUUCUUAAUUUGUUUGUUUUGAAAGUUGAAAAGUUAAUGCCCGGUUUCACCACAUUAUUAAAAAAGUUUUUCAAGUUUUUCUUAUUCCAUCCCUAAUCCUUAAUUAUACAUAACUGUUUAUUAAUUACUUGUUUAAUUUUUGUAUUUAUUCCGUGUUUCUUUUUUAAUUUGAAAAACAUAAACUAUUUUUAUAAUGAUUUUGAUUUAAAUUUAUAAUAAUUUGUACAGUUCAUUCAAACACUUUUGAUGUGACAUUUUAAACGUUAAACUAAAUUUACUUUGCCAUCACUUAACAUAACAAUUGUUUGCCUCUUGAAAAUCAAGUACAUAACACAAUUGAGUUCAUUUUAAUUAAUAUUAACCUUUAUAAAUAUAUACCAAAUAAGUUUAGUUUAUAAUUUAUAUUGCGUGAUUGAAAACAAAACAAAACAAAAAAUACUAAAAAUAAAAAAGAAAAUAAAUAUAAUGUAGUAUCUUAGUAUCCAAAAUAAAAAAUUAUUUUUGUUAAAAAAAAGAAAAGAAAAAGUGUUAUUAUUUUGAAACAAACAAAAUUAGUACUUAUACAUCAUCAACAUUUCUCAUGAGCUAAUAACAUCACACCAUCAUCAUCUUUUUGGAAUAAACGAUUUGAUUUGUAGAUGAAUUUAUAAGCAUCAGAAAAAGUAAUAAUAUUAUUACAAAGCCAUGGCCUUUAGAUUUAGACUUCUUGUGAGAUAAAUCUAAAAAUAAUUUUGGAAAUAUUCGAAAAAUUUUAAUUCGGUUUAAAGUAAAUCGGAAUUUUGUUCUUUUUGCCCUGAAAAUGAAAAAUGAAAAAUGAAAACCGAAAAACUAAG